AUGACCUCAGUUGCGAUACAGGUUUGUAUGGGGUCUGAAGAACAAGUUUCGCGGUCUUCUGGGCCUCAACUACGCAUAACAUUCACUCCUAUUGCUUACCAGGUUAUCACCCUGGCUUCCUUGCUGGCAGCCGCAAGUGCAAAGCCAGGCCUUUCUCAAAGCUAUCAGGCUCCAGGAUCUACCUUCGGUGGUUCUGCAGGAGCUGCCAGUUUCCUCCGACCUGCAGCAGGAGCUGCCAGUUUCCUCGGACCUGCAGCAGGACCUGCCGUCAACUUCGGAGGGGCUGCUUCUGGUGGAGUCUACAACCCACCGGUCUCUCCUGUAACUCGCCCUCAGUAUAACUUCAACUAUGCCGUCAACGAUGCUUUUGGUAACGAUUUCGGCCACCAAGAGGGGCGCGACGGAUACAACACUCAGGGAUCCUACUACGUGCAGCUUCCCGAUGGUCGUCUGCAGAGGGUCACUUACACUGUCAAUGGCGACCAAGGAUACGUGGCCCAGGUGACAUACGAGGGAGUGGCUCAGUACCCUGCCUUCCAGCCGUCUGCUUCCUACUCACCCGCACCUUCUUAUGGUUAAGGCCUGCAAGCCGAGUGACAUGAUGUGCCGGAUGUUAAUAUACAUAACCUUCUGUUCGUUAUUUUCGAUGUUGAAUGUCAGCCUAAAUAUUAAUAAUAAUAAUAAUUUUAAAUUUAUAUUAAUCUAAAACAUUUACUUAACUUCCUUUUACACAAUAUUCAGAUGAA